ACUGUUCAAAAAGCGCGACCGUGGAACGACGAUCAGCGAAUAUCAAUACAUGUGGCUUUCGAGAUAAAACCACAUGUGAAUCUUAUUCUCCGAAUGUUCGGCUCCCCAACGUUACACUCGCAAAGCCGCAGAACAAUUGUCACCAACACGAAAUCCUGAACACAAACACUCCAACUCAGACCGGUCAACCUUAGAAAUGUCUGCUCGACUAGUGUUGUCUCCAUUGCCCAUGCGCACUGUCACGCGCGCCGCAGCCGUCGCUUCGAUACGAUGCUCCGAAGCCGCCAGACUCAAGCGCGUCGACCACAACACGACCAACUUCGCUUCCUUGAACGACAGCAUGAAAGAUUCAUCGACCCAGGUAUUGUUUUCUCCGACUCUAGCUGUCGCCAAGUCACUUAGCCACCAGAUCAAACCAUCGACGCCGCAAUCUGCUAGCUUGCCAUGGCCCGUUGAUGGUUUUGCCAAGGCGUUCGAGGAGGACAGGAAGAUUGACAAGCUCAGUAAGACCUUUGUGCAUGGUGAGAAGCAGGACAGGAUUGUAAGUGCUUGGGAGCCGGCAGAAAAGGAGUUUUGGCUUUAAAGGUUUGGUGGGCCAGGGGAGGUGCUGGAGAUGGUGGCAGGCAAGGGGACGGUGAUCUUGAGGGAUGCUGGUGAGCAUGGAAAGAGGUAUUUGAGGGUGC